CAUGAAAAGUGUAAGUGUUCAGGAAGAACAAUGCAUCGCAAAAGAAUGGGAUGUGCUCACGUGUAUUAUGAAAACGACAAUUGAAUCAAGACUGCCGGUCGUUUUAGAAGUGGGGAUAUCCUCGACAGGCGAUCAGCAUCCGCACAUACUGGGCUUUGUUGGAAGAACUAAUUGCACUCUACCUGUUCAGAAAACGACUGCGUUUUAAAAAUAUUUUUUAACUAUAUUUGUCCACAUUUUCUUUUCAUUUUUGUGGUGUGUGUGUGUUUGAAUGCGAGAAAAAUCAAUUUUCCGUUUGUUUCGGGGCAAUUAAUUUGUCAAAAUGAGGAGAGGUUCGCUUAUGGCCACCUAUGCCAUAGAAGGUCGACGGAACUGUGACUUCUCAUAUGGCACAAUUGGAGAUCUCGAACAAUCAAACAGUAGAUAAUAUAAAAUAUAAUAGAGAAGGUGGCUGUUUUGUGUCAAACAAGAAAUUUGCUAUAUGCUUUCUUCUUUUCUUAGUUUGUAUAAGUGGCGCAGGAUUUGUAGGUCACCGUUUUGCAUUUUCGCCAAAAACGAAAGUUCAUGAUCCUUUGGAUUUACUGGCGCUUGAAGAAAGCGAAGAAAAUAAUAACUCAGAUAGCAAGUUUUCACUUUCACAAUUCGUUCUUCCUUUGAGGUAUCACAUUAUUUUGACACCGAUUUUUCAAAUGAACAGAGUUUCUAGAAUUAAAGGACAUAUUAUAAUUGAAUUUCGACAAGAUAGUGCAAAAAGUUUAAAUAGAUUUGUACUGAAUGCGCAAAAUAUAAAUCCAUUAAGUUAUCGAUUGACGAGAGAAAUGCAUUCUAAAAAUGAAAAGAAACGGGAAGUAAAGGAAGAAAAUGAUUAUGAAAUUUCUGCUGUAACAGAAACGGAUUCAAUUGCAUCUAUGGAUCAUACUACAAUGCAGGAUUACGUAGACAAUGUAUCGUAUAAGCAAGAUGAAGAAUCAACUUCUGUCACACCUGACACUACGACUAACGAACAUAAAUUAUUAAAAUUGGAGGAAUGGUCGACAAAAUCUUUUGUUGAAAAAACAACUUCAGAAAAUAAAGAAGAAGAAAAUGGUACUGAUGUGGGUAGAAAAUUGAAAAUCGAUUCAAGGAAUGAAACAUUGAAUGAAAUUGGUAUUAGCAAUUACGAAGUCAACGAAGCGAAUAAAGUUCAUAUCAUUAAUUUACUAACACCUAUUGAACGAGGCAAUUACUCUUUAGAAAUUGAAUAUGAUGUUACAUUCAAUAAUAGUAGCCUUACUGUGACUAACUUUACAAGAGAUGGUAAAAACAGAUGGUUAAUGGCAACUCAAGUGAAACCUACCUUCGCACGUCGACUUUUUCCAGUUUUUGAUGACAUGAAUUUUAAGGCUCAUUUCUCUCUGUCUGUGUCACGUCCAAAGGAUAUGAAAAUUCUCUCAAAUAUGCCACUCAAAAUAUCGGAGGACUCUUCCGAUGGACAAGUCAUUGACACAUUCGAAGAAACUCCGCUAAUUUCGCCUCACAAUUUAGCGUUCAUUGAAGGUAAUAUCGAAACAAUUGUAAAAACCAAUUACGGUGAUGGAGAGAAUUCAUCAACGAUAACUUUUUGGGGUGAUGCAACAAGAAGUUCACAAAUUACAUAUUUGUCCGACAAAAUUGAUGCUGUAUUGGAUAAAUUUGUCAAUCUAUUCUCCAUCACUUAUCCUAUGAAGAAAAUGGAUUUGAUUGGUCACCCUAUGAUGCUAGAUGGAACAGGAAGUCCGGGAUUGAUAUCAAUUAAAGAACAGCUUUUUUAUCUUCAAGAAGAAUCAUCAUCUGUUGUGUUAAAAAUUGAAGCAGUGAAAAAUUUGAUUCAUCAAGUUGGUAGACAGUGGUUGGGAGGUGUGAUCAAUACCCAAAACUGGACAGAUACUUGGCUUCUAGAAGGGUCUCUCAUCUAUUUUAGUCACGCAUUUCUUAAAGAAAUAGAUCCGUCAUUCGAAACAUCCGGUUCAUUUGAAUCAGAUGUUCAAUGGAAAAUGAUGGAUCGUGAUGCUUAUAGUGUUUCAAGGUCUCUUCAGCACAAGAUACAUGCUACACAUUUGGAUGAUUUUGGCGUUGACCAACAUUACAAAAAGGGUGCAUGUCUUAUUCGCAUGUUGCAUGGAUUAUUAAAUGAUACCGCCUUUAGGAGCGGAUACGAGAACUUUGCUAGAAGGUGGGCCUAUGGAAAUGGAAAUUUGAAUUCAUUUUGGGAAGCCAUGUCUGAAAACAUAGAAAAUCAAACGGAAAAUUUGAAACUGAUUGAUAUUAUGAAUACAUGGAUCUAUCAAAGUGGAUAUCCUGUGGUUUCUGUCAGAAGGAAUAAGACUGGAUCGAUAAAUAUUAAUCAAGCAUGGUUUGCGUUUGACAAUAUGUCAUCACAGAAAGAAAAAUUAUGGUAUAUUCCUCUAACUUUUACUAAUUCAAGUGAUAACUGGAAUUCACCUACACAUAUGUUGAUGACAAAAAAAGAAAUUUUAAUCGAAAAUUUAGCAGUUGAUAAUUGGAUUGUAUUUAACAUUAAUGGAGAAGGAUAUUAUCGAGUGAAUUAUGACAUUAAUAAUUGGAUGUAUCUUGCUGAGGCUCUUAAGGAAAAUCCCGACCAAUUUCCUCCAGCGACUAGAGCGUCUCUUAUCGAUGACGUGCUCAGUCUCGCUCAAGGUGGUCUUACAUCUUAUAAAAUAGCAUUUAAACUUAUUAAUUAUAUGAGGACAAAAGAAAAACAUUACGCUCCAUGGGCAGCACUUUCAACUCACUUAUUGAAAUUAAAAUUUUCUCUCUAUAACACUGACAUCUAUUCAGAUUUUCAGAUCUUUACGCGUCAAUUUUUAUCUGUGAUUUACAAUGAAACAGAGUCGACAAAUGAUGAUGGUUCUCAAUUGUCAGUAGUUAUUAAAAAACUUGCCUGUAAUUUCGAGCAUCCACAUUGUAUAGAUUGGGCUAGAAAAUUAUUUGCGAUAAUAAAAAAUUCGAAUGGCAUAAGUCUUCCGUUGCACACUCGAGAAAUAUUUUACUGUGCCGUUGCGAGAGUUGGCGGAGAGGAUGAGUGGCAAUACUUCUUGCAAAAAGCAAUAAAUGCGACAGACAAAGAGGAAAAGAAUCGAAUCCUGUCUUCACUAGCGUGCUUUCAAGUGCCCUGGAUUUUACAAAAAAUUUUAAAGAUGACACUAGAUGAAAAUUUGUUCAGUGAGGAGGAAAGUCGGCUUAUUCUGCACUCUUUCUCUCGAAAUCCAGAAGCUGCUUUCGCUGUUCAGAGAUUUAUUGAAAGAAGUUGGCCGGAUAUAACAAAAAGAUACCAAAAGUCCUAUUUUAUGAUGAAGGAAUUUAUUCUUGCAAUGACGAAAUCCUUAAUGACAAAGCAAGAUUUAGUUAUGUUCCAGGAAUUUAGAGAUAAUAAUAUAAAAACUUUAAAAGCUGUUGGUUACGAUGUAGUUUUGGCUGAAGUGGAAUCAAGUUCUUGGGAACAAUGGCGAAAUGUUUCGUUGCCAGUGAUAGAGAUGAUAAUUAAAUUUUUUGUCUUUUAGCCAUAAAUAGUUUAUAAGCUCUUACAUGUAAAUAUUUGCAAUUUUUAAAAAGUAGAUUCCGCAAAUGUGGUAAUUUAUUUUAAAACCAAAUUUAAAACUUUAAGAUAUUUACAGAGUGAUUUAUUUGUUAGAUGAUUAAAGGCAUUUACUAUGAAGACAAAAUGGGUUAAAAGUUUGUACCAGAAACGUCUUUGUUUCAUCAAUAUUUGUAUAAAGAUUUUAGAAUACUUUCAUAUUCUCCAAAUAAUUUAUUCAGAACGUCUGAUGUUUUAAAUCGGUGUAAUAAAAUUACAUGUACAUUUUGGGCCGCGCGGCCGGUUCCACAACUGUAUUAACAAGAGUUUAAGUUAGUGUACUCGGUAUUGAAAUUAAGACAUUUAUCCUAAUGGUUAUAAGGUUUUUUUAUAAGCAGUUUUAACAAAUAAUUGUUUAUUUAAAUACGUAAAUACUCUUAAUUAGUAUAAUCUCUUUGACAUUGUAUCUUUUAACUCAUUUUGUUGAUACAACAAAUACCUUCAAAGUAGUAGUGGGUCAGUCCAGGAAGCAUGCCUUAACAAAGUAAAUGUUUACCAACUGUAUGUUGUAUGUAAUAUUAAUCGAUUGUUAAAAUGUAAUAGUUAGUAAAAGUUUAUCUUAAAUAUUUUUUAAUAUAUAGAUAUUUCAUUUGUAACAUAAUAUUUACGAAACUUCGCAUAUUAACAAACUGUAAAAUAGUUUCUUAACUAAGAUAUUAUGUUGUGUUUCAUCCAUAGAAUAUAUAUGAAAAGUUUUAUUUCAUUUGUUGGAAAAAUUUUAAUGAUUAUUAUUGUUAAGAUGCCAAAGAAGGCUGAUUAAAAUAUGUUAAUUAAAAAGAUACAGAAAACUCUAA